AUGUCCUGCUCCAACCUGUGUGUGCCCAGCUGCGGGGUGGCCACCCCGGCCCCUCUGGCUGACACCUGCAACGAGCCCUGCGUGCGGCAGUGCCCCGACUCCACGGUGGUCAUCCAGCCCCCGGCCUCGGUGGUCACCUUCCCCGGGCCCAUCCUCAGCUCCUUCCCGCAGCAGAGCUCCGUGGGCUCGGCCGGAGCUCCCUACGUUGGAGGCGGCUUUGGCGGCUCCUCCGGACGCCGUGGGGGCUCUGGGGGCUCUGGCGGCUUUGGCGGCCUUGGAGGCUUCGGAGGUUUUGGGGGCAGCUGCGGCGCCCCCAGAGGCUGCGGGCCCUGCUAA